GUUUUUUUUUGCGAGACAAAUUCUUCUAGUGUACGGACAACUCUAGGUCCUUCUCCACUGUGAAUGGUUUGGGAACUUGACCAUCAACGCAAAAGCAAGGCAAGUGUUAAUAUUUUGCCUCAGCCUGGCUUGUGCAUCUAUCCACUGCGGUCAGUGUAAGACUAGCUACUACGGUGUAGCAUUCGCAAGGUGUAUGUGUGACAAUUGAAUCCGUAAAUGUAAACAAACAUGAUCGGUUUCGAAUUAAUUGUGCUAGUGACGGUGUGCUCUCUCCUCCGGGUCAACAGCGAAGAAACGAAAAUUGGGACAGGACACCCAGAUGAAACGAGUAGAAUAAUGUUCCCUAACGACUUCUUGCUCGAGAAUUACCAGCGUCAUCACCAUCACAUUGAAGACCCCAGGAGAAGCAGAACUCCAUAUAGUGGCAUUCUUCCUCGCAGGGAAGAGGAAUUGCGACCUGGUGACGAUGAAGAAGACUACAAUGACGAAUUGACGAAUUAUUAUAAAAAUUCUUCAAGCAACAAGAUUCCUCUGGAUUUUAUUAUGGACAUUAACAAAUAUAAUGUAAGUGACCUGCUCCUAAAUUUUGUGGAAGGAGAUACAGACUACGAAGACAUAUUUGUGCAGAAUAGAUUUGGUGAAGACUACGAAGCCAGAAGUGCCGCAGUUACCCCUAAAGCGGCCGGAUGCACACCCGAACUAAAGACAGUGUCGCUUGCUACAACUGACGAUCCGAGCAUUUUAUACAUCCCACAAUGCACUAAAGUUGAAAGGUGUGGGGGAUGUUGCUCUCAUGAUUUACUGUCUUGCCAACCUCAAGAAAUCGAAACCUUAACUUUUAAGGUCACGAAAACCCAAUACAAACCAGACACCAGGAAAUUGAAAUAUGUGGGGAAAGAAAUUGUUACUGUGGAAAAACAUAAUAAGUGUAAAUGUGAUUGUAAAAUCAAGGAAGAGGUACUUAUAGCGAACUGCAAUAAAUAUCAAGAAUACAGACCGUCCCUAUGCCGAUGCAUCUGCACCAAUAGCGACGAGGAAACAAAAUGUUAUAAAAGCUCAAAAAAGCUGUGGAAUUCCGAAUUAUGUGCCUGCCAAUGCAGAGAGGUCCUACAGUGCUCGACGGGGUACUAUUUUGAUCAGAUCGAAUGCAAAUGCAUGCCUAAUCCUAAGAGACGUUUCGCUAAUUACAAUAGACGAGGUUAUGUACCUGAAUCGGAACCGGUCCCACCUUUACCAGUAGAUGACUGACUGUUACGAUGUAAAAUUUGUGUGGGUUAUGUUGCUUGCCAUUGUGAUAUUUAAUACUUACUUUAUCGAAAUAAAUGUAUAUACGUAAAAA